UGGCUGCCAAGAGUGACCUUGUGGGAGGAGCUUCCGCCACCAGCUAGACCCCCUCCGCGCCUUGCCCAGGGUCAGCACUUCUCGGAGGACACGCACUUCCUGCAAGGCCUCUGUGAGCAGCUCCGCGGAGCCGAUCCGAGCCCGACAGCCCGAGACCUUGCCAGCCAGUCACCAUGGUGGACGAGCUGGUGUUGCUUCUGCACGCGCUUCUGGUGCGACAUCGCGACCUGUGCAUCGAGAACAACCGGCUCAUGAAACAGCUGCGGCUGCUGGUGUGUGAGCGGGCCAUUCUGCUGCGCCAGGUACGUCCGCCGAGCUGCCCGGUGCCCUUCCCCUCACGGUUUAACGGCGAGAACGCCCGGCUCCCCGAGUUUAUUGUGCAGACAAUGUCUUACAUGCUGGUGAAUGAGGACCGCUUCUGCAACGACGCCAUGAAAGUGGCAUUCCUGAUCAGCCUCCUCUCCGGGGAAGCAGAGGAUUGGGUGGUGCCGUACAUCCAGUCGGAUAGCGCCAUUCUCUGUGAUUAUCGGGCUUUUGUUGAAGAGAUGAAGCAGAGUUUUGGCUGGUAUGACGACGAAGAUGAUGAUGAUGAUAACUAGGAAGCGGUUAAUUGCUAGGCCCCCAGCCCCCUUAGGCCUACACGAGGAGGACCCUGCACGCCGCCGCCUCCCUACCCCCACCGCUACUCCUGCUGCCUCAAUGCUCCCCUCUGCAUCGCUGUCCUCUUCCCUGCCAAUCACUUCGCUCCGUCAUCCUUUUUAGUGCUUGUCUUUGUGCCAGCUACCUGCUGCAAGUGCUUGAGUUGGGCCUGGGCCUUGCUCUGAAGUUCACAGUGUUCACCUUUAACCCAUCCAGACACCCUUCUAAUCUGAACUGUGUUUUGAGCUCCAGCCAUUGUCCAGGCCUGGGUUAGAACUGGUCAGACCACCUGCAUUCCUGCCGCCUGCUCGCCUCCACUGGAAGCCAUCCUACAUCUGCCCAGGAGUGGAUGCCUGGCACGUCACCAUCACCACCACCCACCGCAUCUCAUCUGCAGCCAUCCACUUUUCAAGAUAGGGACCAAGAAGAUGACGGAGUUGGCUACACCUAUUGAGACUCUCAUUUGGACAGCUCACCGACCCUCCUUGAAGGGACCAAGGGCCUGGUUAGUUCUGAACGUACUUCCAGGUUCCUCCUCUGCCUGACCAGAUUGCUGCAGGAGCCUGAUGUGCCUGCUGGACAGUUGAAAUGUUGACAUUUCUUUUCUUGUAUGCAUCGGUUUUGCACAGCUGUCAUUUUUCUUUCAGAAUUGCAGCAGCCUCACAGAUGUGUACAUGUGGACAAAUAGUACUAAAAUAAAAAACGAGCCAACAGGCAUUCAGCCCAGAUCCUCUCUAGUACCUGGAAAAGGCAAUGGCAUUCUUUUCAAUAAAUACCAAGCACUGCAAAACUA